AUGGACAAAUUAAAUCUUAUGAUAUUAAAUCCGAUAAAAAAAGGUAGUAUGUGUAAUUUAGUUCAAGAUUUUUGUGAUCGUUUUCAAUCGAAAACAAAUAACAUUCAUGAAAAAGAACUUGUAGAAACCGAUGUUGCAUCAGAAUUCAAUGAAACUAAUCAAAAUGAAGAAGAAGAUUUUACAAAAGCAUUGAACUAUGAUGACCAUCAACCCAAACCAGAUCAUAUUUUAGCUGUUAAAAUUGACAAUCAUCGAGUUCAUGUACUAUAUACAGAUAGUACUUUAUUAAAAACUAUACUUCAGCAUGAUCAAAUUGUUUUUUAUGAAGUACCGGUUUCAUUAAAAAAAGAAAAUAACGAUAAGAUCCUAAUGCCAUGUGUAUUUCGAGAAGAUAAUCAAAAUCAUCAAAAUUUUGGUUUACCUUUUUAUCUUAAUAUACCAAGACAAAACUUCAGAGGAAGAUAUAUACAAGUAGAAUUGCAGAAAAGUAUCGGUGAUUUUCUUCCAUUAUCUCCAACGGAUUCAUCUGAUAAUCCACCUUAUACUGCUUCAUUGCUUUUCGGACAAACUUAUAGUUCAACAUACAAUUUAUUACAAUCAUGUCUUGAUGACCAUAUUGAUUUUAAUAAUUUAUCACAAUUUGUUCUAAAUCCAAAUGAAAUAACAAAAGCAAAAUAUGAUUUAAUUGCUGUUUGUAAUCAUAUAGGAAGUCUAAGUAAGGAGCAUUAUAUAACACAUGCAAAAAGUUGUAUUGAUAAAAGAUGGCAUACAUUUGAUGAUUCAACAGUAUCUGAUGUUAAUGAAGAUGAUGUUGUCAGUAAAGCAGCUUAUAUACUUGUUUAUCAACAACAACAAGACAUAUCAUGA